AUGAAUGAUACACGCGCUGAAAAGGACUUGACCGAGGUGAGAUACUACAGGCCGACUUUGGGCUCCGGCACCUUCGUCGAGCUUUAUGCGUCCAGAAAGGCCGGUCUAUACCGGUACGGGUUUCCCGACACGACGGCGCCAAAGAACGUGCUCGUCGAUGCAUCGCAUGUCUUGUCGUCAUAUAGAGGCCAGGGUCUGGAGCAGCAUUUUGUGGCGGGAAACAUUAGCAUAGUCUCGACCAAAAAAGGAAAUACAGACCUGAAAUACAUGGGCUGGGGAGCCUAUGACAACGUACGCAUCGUCGGGGAUCCGUACGCCAACCAACUAACACCGUCACAUCUCAGGGUUGGAACAGAGCUGCUCCCUGGACCGUCUACUUUUGCGGCCACUUCAACCGUCCUUUCACAUACAAGAAGUUUCUGGGAAAGGACAAGACUACCGACCAUAUUGUCGAACUCUCCAACAAAUCUGCAUCAUACCAGUCCGACACCGCCCGUCUCGGCGCCUUAUUCACCUUCAACCACACCAGCGUCGUCUCUCGCGUCGGCGUGUCCUUCAUCUCCACGGACCAAGCGUGCGGUAAUGUCGACGAGGGGAUUCCCCCAGGGGUCAGACGGCUGGGAACUUGGAAAGAAGACACGAGACGAGUGGAACGUCAACGGCUUGGGAAGGAUCACCACCCCAGACACCAACGUCACCAAGCUGACGCAGUUGUAUACGGCCAUGUAUUUCAUGUACCUGCUGCCGACGAGAAAGACUGGCGAGAAUCCCGGGUGGAACAGCAGCGAGCCGUAUGACGACGACAUCUUUACCCUCUGGGACACUCACAGGUGUACCACGGCGCUCUUCCAUAUUCUCCAGGAAGAUUACUACGCGGAAUUCAUACGCUCUCUGAUUGACACGUAUCGUCACACGGGCUGGCUUCCAGACGGCCGCUCAUCCUUCUCCAAUGGCGCCGUGCAAGGCGGCACGAAUGCGGACAACGUCCUCGCCGACGCGUACGUCAAGGGGGUAGCUGGCACAUCGCCCGACCGAGGCAUCAACUGGGAAGAUGCCUACAAGGCGCUCCUCAAGAAUGCAAAUACCGAGCCCCUAAACAACCAUGAUCUCAGAGAUCCAACCGGCAGCACGGCCGAGAGCAAAGGCGCCCUACCUGAUUACAGCCAACUCGGCUACAUCACACCCAGUUCGAUGAACGACUUCUCCCUCGCCGUCGUGGCCGCCGGUCUCGGCAAGGACACCUUCGCCGCGAACCUCAACCGCUCGCGCAACUGGCGCAACCACUGGAACACAAACAUGACGGCCCUCAACUUCACUAGCUUCCUCGCCCCCCCGCAAUACCAGCGGCUUCCUGCCCCAGGAUACCCUCUCAUGCGGCGGCUGCUACUGGCGCGACGCCUACUACCAGGCGCUGCCUACAUGGGCGGGCCCGAACGCUUCGUCCAGCGGCUGGAAAAGACCUUUGAGCCAGGCGCGUACCCGGGCAACAGGCCGUUUGGAAACACCAUCUUCAACCCGGGCAACGAGCCGAGCUCCACAACCCCCUACCUGUACCACUACGCGGGCCGCCAGGACCUGGCCGUCAGGCGAAGCAGGCACAUCGCCAAGUCGUACUACGUCCCGAAGCCGGAUGGACUGCCGGGAAACAGCGACGCAGGGAACAUGAUCAGCCUGUAUCCCAUGACGGGCACGCCCUUGUUCCUCAUCGGAUCGCCUGGGUUCGCAGACCUGACCAUCCACCUCGGCGGCAACGCGGCGAGGAAGCUCCGCAUUACAAGCACCGGUGGGGAGACGCCAUUUACGUGCGCAAGGUGA